AUGACGCGGCGAGCCAAGGAGCGACGCACAAUGCGCGUACAAGCCAAGCAGCAACAAUUGGACGAGAAUCUAAUGCGCGAGAAGCGUUUGAGUUCUCGUGCAUCCUGGAUUCAACUGUUAUCAGCCAUUGACGGGCCUUACCUAAGCACUAACAGCAGUAGUUUGCACGUAUCAUCGAGCGAUGGCCUCAUCAAGUCGCCGAUUGUUAACGAGCUACAGUGGAAGAGCUUACAAGUGCCUAUUGCUGCCUCUGGUGGUUUUCAAUUGCCCAUUAAAUUGGAUGCUCGUAAAGGAGAAUUGUUUUUCUCGUUCUCCACGCGAGACUAUGACGUAAACUUUGGUGUGCAGAUGAUCUGCGCCGACGGAAGUUUAAUUGAACUGCUGGGCACACGACGCUAUGAGAGUCAGAAGAAGCAGGUGCAGGGUCAAUUAACUCUCACAGGUCCGGGGAUGGUGCUGCUGUUAUGGGACAAUUUUUUCUCGUGGGUGAAUACUAAGCAAUUGGCAUACCACGUGGAGCUCAAGCAAGAGACGCUACCUGUUUUCGCUGCAGGAAAGACGCAGUUGGCACUUAAGGCGAGACUGGAGCGAGAGAAGAAGCUAAUGCAGUAUGAGGGAGAAUACGACAGACUGGAGACGCAAGUGCAGACGGAAGAACGGAGAGUCGAGCUUUUGCAUCACCAAAUCGAAGAGCUGCAGACGCAACUAAGAAAACAUGAGGAAGCCAAGGAGAAUGCUAUAAAAAAGAAGGACCAAGUGGACGAACAUAUUGGCGAUCUCUUUUGGGAAUUGCGAGCACUAAGCUGGCGUUGCUUCGACCAAACGGUACUACAUCGUAUUCUGGAUUUCUUGGAAGAGAAAGACAUGGCUGCAUGGUCGUUAACAAGCAAGAAAUGUUAUGCGCAUGCAUACGCGUAUCAAUCCAAUAGACGCAAAAGUGCUUGA